UCAGGCCUAGUGAACUUGUUGGCAUCCUCUUGGAUUCACGAUGGGACCUUGAAGAUAUCGAGGCAUUGGUGUGCAUGGAGAUUGAUUGAAUGAAUCUGUCGUCAGGGCAGGCAGAAUUAGGUUUUGAUUAUUGGGAAGUGGAGCCUCACGCUGCCCAAGUACUCGCCGAGCCUGAGGAGAAGAGUCGGCCGUCGGGUUCGAACAUUCUACGCACGUAGAGGUGUCUGGAGGAUUCGAGGUGUCGAGAGAAGUUUCGACGAUUUGAGAGGGAAGUAAGAUGCCGGGGAUGAUGGAAUUUGGGGAGGUUCAAUCGACGAGAAACGGGACUCUGUCCGAAGGCCACUUCGUUAGUGAGCCGACUACCGGUCGUCUUCUCUUUGGAGGUGCCAUCACCUGCAGGGUUCCCAGUCGAUUUGUGGACGUCUCUGACAUAAGGGAGGUUCCCGACAAUCAGGAAGUUUUGUGCGAUUAUGAUCGAGAGGAGAGUAUAAUAAUUGAGUUACUCGAGUUCAAAUCAGACGUCAGCGAUGAGGAUAGUGCAAGGUGGUUCCUACAAAAUGUGGCCGAGGAACAGGAAGCAGAGAAUACCGUGACUAUCGAAGACAGAAGGGUGCUCACAGUGGUCGACGUCCCACACAUGCCUACAUCCACCGUCAUGAACGCCGCUUGUGGACACAUGACUAUCACUAAAACCCGGCAGUUCGAUGGACUACCGAAUAUUGCAAACAUGGAUACCGGCAGUGGUACUUCAACACAACAUCUUGUGAAGGCUCAUCUCGCCAAUAUUCGACUGCGAAACGUGGAAACUGAUGUCGUUAUAACUAUCAAUGAAAAAUUGGACAACAGGCCCCAAACUCCAUCUUCGACUGCUCUAGAACCAGCAACCCCUGAAGAAGUAAGUCGCAUAUCAACGGCUGAUCUGCUCAGUCUUGUGCUAAGAACUCUGAAGAUUGAAGAUUGGACUUUAUUCGUCAGCUAAGUCCCUCUACCGGUCAUCGAGUGGGUACGUAAGGUCAGAACCUAUGUUGGAGGAAUGCUGUAGUUAUCUGCCACAAAAGGUGCCUACGGGGAACGCGGGAGACCAUGGCGACUCCCCAGGAGUGCCAUGUGAAGACGGAGCGCAGGUGCUUGGAGACAGUCACGUCUCAUUGCCACAUUUCAAAUGUCGUAUCAGGAUUCAGCCGGGAGGAGUAGAUCCUGUUGUCGUCUCUCGUGUACUGGAAUUUAGCCUGACAAUUUGUAGUGGUUACUCAGAAAGGAUACGGUGGUGGUAUUAAUUUCGAAUAGGAGAAGUGAGCAUAUUCGUGUUUUACACGGUUGAAAUCUCCUUCUUUUUUUCAAAUUCACCAAUCACAUCUAAAUCUUGAGGUGUCUCCUUCCACCACCACCAGCCUUCCAUAGUGAAUGCAUGACUGCAAGCAUCACCGAAUGGAAGAUGACUAGGAAGAGCAUGGGAUCUUCCGCUUGUGGCCAUCAAGUGCCCACUGUAGUCACCUGUAAUUGUGAAUCUCCGACACGGAGGAGUCGAACUUCUCAACUGUGCUCUACUAUUACUGCGAGUAGGAUCCACAGGAAAGACGGUCGCAGGAUAAAUUCAUGUAACGGCGUUUGGUCAGAAAAUGUGAAGUCUACUACACGUACGGCUUUCUGGAAAAGUUGUUUCUC